AUGCAUCGGAAGAGCUGGGCACAAAGGCAGAUGGCUACGAUCUACAGCCUGGCCAAUUUUGCCGGAAGUUGGAGUGAGAGAACCGAGAAUUGCCCAGACUUCAGAACUUGCGACUCCACUAUUGGAGAUAACGUGGUCUCCAGCACUUGCGUCACCGGAAUUUGGAUAUUCUACUCCGAAAGAAACUACAACUCUGGGGACUUUGGAACAGUUGAAUGGGUGUUUGGAGAUAAUUACUGUUGGAACUUGGGGCCCACCGACAACGAUGUCUCAUCCCUCAGGUAUGUAGGACGUCAAGACAACUGGAAGGAAGACGCGAUCACGCUUUAUGGACUCACUGUAUUCGCGGGCAGUGCUCAUUUAGACUUGAUAGACUCAUCCAAUGUACCGAUGUCCAGCGUACAGUCCAUCAUCAUCUCGGGUGAAAGUGAUUGGACAGUCUAUUCGUGA